CACUUCACAUUGAGUGCACGGGGGAGCACAACAGGAUCCUAACCUUCACGCCCGAGCACGAGUCGAUCGUCGAGAGGCGGUCGGCUGAGAUGUCAAGGGUGCCAUGGAGGAACAGGAACAUUAACGAGGCCGUCGAGGCCGUCGAGCACGCGCAUCGGGUGUCCACGGAGAUCCGACGGUCCAUCGAGGGGAGGAGGUCGGUCGAGCACAUGCGCAGCAACGCCUCCGGAGGAGUCGACGAGGCCCCCGGCUCCCCCAGCACAGGCCUGAUCCGGCUCUCCGUCGAGAUGCCGCGAAGCCCCGGGUACCAUCGGUGGCAGCGAGCGGUCGAGGGGAUGGGACCCUCAGGUCCUCUCCCCUCCCUCCCCUCGCUGGAGCUGGAGAUGGAUGAGAUAGAGAAGGGAGAGGAGGAGGAGGAGGAGGAGGGGCAGAGCUCGCUCAUCGGCACCAACGGAAACGGCAUCAAGCAUGCGAACGGAAACGGCAUCGAGCAUGCGAACGGAAACGGUAUCGAGCAUGCGAACGGCAACGGAAACGGAAGUUAUACCCCUCGGGAGGAGGAGGAGGAGGUGAAGGAUAUGAGGACAUACAGGGUGUGAGCCGCGAAGGAAGAGACAGAAAGUGAUCUGGGUUGUUCCUCCUCCCCCUCUCCCACUUGCCGGCUGGAUGAAAUUGUGGGAUUUUGAGUGAACCAGUGUGAUUGAAGUUACAAACUUU